AUGUUCUUAGUAGCCCUGUCAUUGAGCUUUAUGUGUAAGGGACUAGGUGGAGUCAUCAUGAAAAGUUCCAUCACUCAAAUAGAAAGGAGAUUUGACAUAUCAUCUUCGAUUUCUGGCUUAAUUGAUGGAGGCUUUGAAAUUGGAAAUUUGUUUGUGAUUGUAUUUGUGAGUUACUUUGGAUCCAAACUACACAGACCAAAGAUAAUUGGAAUUGGUUGCUUCAUUAUGGGAACUGGAAGUAUUUUGACUGCUUUACCACAUUUCUUUAUGGGAUAUUACAGGUACUCUAAAGAAACUCUUACUGAUCCAUCAGAAAAUUUAACAUCAAGCUUAUCAACCUGUUCACUUGAUCAGAAUUUGUUACUCAAUAGAACAUCACCUGAAGUAGUAGAAAAAGGUUGUGAAAAGGAAUCUGGGUCAUAUAUAUGGAUAUAUGUACUCCUGGGUAAUAUGCUCCGUGGAAUUGGGGAAACCCCCAUAGUACCCUUGGGGAUUUCUUACAUUGAUGAUUUUGCUGAAGAAGGACAUUCUUCUUUUUAUUUAGGUACUUUGCAUGCACUAUCAAUGGUUGGUCCAAUCAUUGGCUUUAUACAGGCAUCUCUGUUUGCUAAAAUAUACGUGGAUAUUGGAUAUGAAGAUCUCAGCAAUAUCAGAAUAACUCCUAAGGACUCUCGCUGGGUUGGUGCUUGGUGGCUUGGUUUCCUUGUGGCUGGAAUAUUAUCUAUUAUGUCUUCCAUACCAUUCUUUUUCCUGCCCAAAAAUCUGGAUAAAUCACAGAAAGAAACAUCUUUGGAUUUGCUCAAAACAAAUGAGGAAAGGACUCACAUGGCUGACGUGACCAACCAUGGGCAAAAUGUUAGUGAAAAUAUUAGUGGUUUUUUCCAGUCCUUGAAAUGCAUCCUUACCAAUCCCCUAUAUGUUAUCUUACAGUGUUUGUCAUUAGUGCUAGCCAGUAGCCAUAUUGGUGUUAUUACUUAUGUCUCCAAAUACAUAGAGCAACAGUAUGGUUACUCAACAUCUGAGGCUAACAUUUUGCUUGGAAGCUUAACCUUACCAACUGUUGCAACUGGAAUAUUUAUAGGAGGAUAUAUCGUUAAAAAAUUCAAACUUACCUUGCUUGGAAUGGCCAAAUUAUCAUUUUAUACCAAUGUAUUGGCCUUCAUAUUUCAACUAUUAAAUUUUGCAUUAAUUUGUGAAAACAGAUCAGUUGCUGGCCUAACUUUGACCUAUGAUGGAAAUAAUCCAGUGGCAUCUCAUAUAAAUGUACCACUUUCUUAUUGCAACUCAGACUGCAAUUGUGAUCAGAAUCACUGGGAACCAGUCUGUGGAGACAAUGGAAUAACUUACAUGUCACCUUGUCUAGCAGGAUGCAAAUCUUCAAAUGGCAAUAAAAAGUCUAUGGUGUUUUAUAACUGUAGUUGUGUGGAAGUAACUGGUGUCCAGAACAAAAAUAAUUCGGUGACUUUGGGUGAAUGCCCAAGAGAUAGUCAAUGUACAAAAAAAUUUUAUAUUUAUUCAGUGGUGCAAGUCUUGAAUUAUUUUUUCUCUUCAUUGGGAAGCACCCCAACUGUCUUGCUGGUUUUUAAAACUGUUCAACCUGAACUGAAAUCCCUUGCGGUGGGUUUCCAUUCACUAACUAUACGAGCAUUAGGAGGAAUUCCAGCUCCUAUAUAUUUUGGGGCUCUGAUUGAUAGAGCUUGUAUGAAAUGGUCAACCAGCAGCUGUGGAAAACAAGGGUCUUGCAGGAUAUAUGAUUCCCCAUUAUAUGGAAAUACCUUCACGGGCUUGACUGAGAGCUUAAGAUUUUCAGCACUUAUUUUAUUUGUUGUAUUAAUUUCCACUAUGAAGAAAAUAUAUCAAGGAAAAGAUACCAAGGCAUCAGAAAAUGGAAGAAAAGAUACAAAUGAAGCAAACUUAGAAUCCCUAAAUAAUGAUGGAUAUUUUGUACCUUCUGCCAAAACAGACAAUGAAACACAUAUGUAAGGGGAGAAAAAAAAAUUAGGUUGUUGUGUUGUAAACCAACAUUGUAUUAAUUUAGUAAGAUGGUAUUUUGAGCAGUUCUUGGUCUUUCACUAACAGUUCUCCCACACUUAUGAUGGUACAGUAAAUCUCCUAUGAAUUUAUAAUAAUGAAAUAGACUAUAAAUGAAAAGAAAUGACAGUAUACAUUGCUUAGGGUAUGGCUAUGCAUUUGAGGUAAAGAUUAAGACACAUGAUCCAUACACAUUUAAAGUGAGAACUAUGGGGCGCCUGGGUGGCUCAGUUGGUUGGGCGACUGCCUUCGGCUCAGGUCAUGAUCCUGGAGUCCCUGGAUCGAGUCCCGCAUCGGGCUCCCUGCUCGGCGGGGAGCCUGCCUCUCCCUCUGACCCUCCCCCCCUCAUGUGCUCUCUCUCUCUCAUUCUCUCUGUCUUAAAUAAAUAAAUAAAUAAAAUCUUUAAAAAAAUAAAUAAAUUUUAAAAAAUAAAUAAAAAAAUAAAAGAGAGACCGCAGUCCCUCCUGUUAGCCAGGAUAGGAGGGCAUUCGCCAUUUAAAAAAAAUAAAAUAAAAUAAAAAAAAUAAAAAUAAAUAAAGUGAGAACUAUGGUCAGUAUAUAAUAAAAGAAAAAAUAUUUGCUCAAGUAAUUAUAACUCAAUAAAACCACUGACUAGAAAAUAGAGGGGGAAUGGGAGGAGAGAAAUUAAUAAACUAAAUAAGGAGAGAAGCCUAAUACCUUUUUUUAAGCCAGUUUGGCCCAUGUUACUCAAACAUGAAGUUAGUAUGAUAGAACCUUAAUACUAUGAUGACAUUUGUCAUUCAUGUAUUAAGUCAUGUCUUUCACAGACCUUAUUAAUUUAUAAUUUGAAAUUGCAUUCAACUAGAGGCCCAUGAUGCAUCUUCUUCCAACCUUCCGUUAAAAUACUGCUGGAGAAAUAGAGAUAAUUCAGAAUUUGCAAGCUAUGAUUGUCAAACAACAUAUUACGGAAUGUGUUAAGUUUCUUUCAGGACCAUGGAAGUGGAUUAAGAAAACUGACAUUAACUUGAGAAAGCAAAGCCCAUUUGAAAGAUGUGUCUUCAUUCCAUCUGUCUGCUCCCUGGAAGACAUGGUGUCUGUACGAGAUAAUUUACCAGCUGUUUCUCAAUUGCAUAUUUGUGUGUGUGUGUGUGUGUGUUGUUUUUGGUGCACCAAGAGACAGCUUUCACAUCCCCACAAAUAGGACAAGAGGAGAGUGGAUGAGAACAAAUAUUUGAAUAUUGUAUUUGUUAGAUAACAACAGCUUUAUACUGAAUGCUAAAACUUGUAGUUUUUAUACUCAUUAGGUUAAAAGACACUUUCUGGCAUUAGAACAACCUGUGAAACUUUUUGUUUUAAAAGAAACCAGUUGUGCACCCAACCCAGAGAUUCUGAUUCAAAACAUUUGUCAUGCAGCCUGGACAUCUCCUUAAAAAAAAAAAAAAUCUGUAUAGUGCCCCUGAUAAAGAGAUACAGAAAAGAAAGCCACAAGAUAGGAGAAGAUAUUAUUGAGUAUAGCAAAGUCACAAAAUAUGAAUGCUUGCUAGAAUCUGAGAAUUAGCUUAGAUGUUAUAUAUAUUAAACUAUUCUCAAGCUGUAGCCCUGAGAAAGGAUUCAUUACUCCACAAGCAGAGAUUUGGAAAAACCACCAACAUGCUAGGUUACUAUGUUACAAGUCUGAUGAGCUCUUAUCUCAGAAAAUAGAGAAAAAUUUGAAGCUGUUUUUUAAAACAUUGCAAAAAAAAAAGGCAACAUCUUGAAUAUUUAUCUAUUCAACAAUUAUUGAGUAUCAAAUAUCUUUCAGGCAAAAUGAAAUAUAGUAAAGAAAACAAAGGAUGUUAUCUCAUGGAGCUUACACUUUAAAGGAAAGAACAUUAAAUUAAAUAAUUAAAUGUUAUAAAAUGAUACAAAUUAAAAGAAUAAAUUUAUAUUUUUAAAUGUGAUAUGUAUGGUGAAGGAAAAGAACAUUAAAACAUAUGCCUCAGAUUAUUUGAUCUACUUCAGAAUCCAAGAAUCCAGAACAAAUAUUAAUCCUUAAUUCAAUGGCAUUUAUUAAACAGGUAUACAAAUCCUAGGGGGAAACAAAAGGGGGGUGGGGAUUCAACAGACAUAUGAGUAAGAUAAAGAAAGUUUUCAAGGAUGCAAAACAAUACAAGAGUGUAAUUAAAACACACAUUGGGUAAGGUUAAAAGAAGACAAUGGCCAAAAAAACAAAUCAAUGAUAAAGAAGUUACAUUUGGAAAUCUGAAAAUGUGGAGGAAGAAGAUAAAGAAACAAAUUAUGAAAAAGGUAGACAAUUUAGAGGACAAGCUCAAGCACCAAACUAGGAAAUCUGAUAUUUUUGAAGAGGAAAUCAGAUUUAGAAAAGAAGCAGUAAAGAUUUAGUUGCAGAAUGCCUUCCUGCUAUGAAGAAAGACUUGAGUAUACAGCCUGAAGACUAUUUGCACCAUGUCUUCAUAUUCCCAUCCAUUUUCAUGCAGUGGGCCUUUGACUAUGAUGUUUCUUCCUCCUGAAAUGCUCUUUUUUCCACUGAAUUAACUGCUUCUCAGCAUUCAGAUAUAGGCUCAAUCACCAUUCCUUCAAUGUCUCUGACUUCUUCACUGCUUAAAAAUCCUCCAGUUAUAUUUGAAGCAACAUAGCACUUAGCAAAAUAGUAAUUCUAUAUUUAUUUGUGAUUAUUUGUUAACUAUUGGUCUUGCCCACCAGUCAUAAGCUCUAGGAAGGUAGAAACAACACAUUUUACCUAUUUUAUUCCCUGAAUUCAGCUUGGUGGCUGACACAGAGCAGAUGCUUUAUCAAUUAUUUUGAAUGAAUGAAUGAAAGAAUGAAUAAGUGAACUCCAAAAAUUCCAGUCAUAAAAUUAUGAAUGUUAUAAAUAAGAACUGAAAACAACAUGCAUGCAAACAUUUUAAGGCUGCGUUAAGGUAAUUGGAUAGACAGUGAGGGCUUCAGAUGUUUUGAAGAUUGUCUUCACUAUUUUAAAAUGAAAAAACACAUUUUAAAAUGUUAAAAAGUGUCUUUUGACUGCCAUCUAUGUGCUAAGCACAGGAAAUAAAAGCAUUUAUGAAACAGAGUCUUUGUUCUUUGGGAUCUCACAAAAGUGGUGGAAAAAUAGGCAUUUAAACAUAUACACUAUAAUAAAUACUAUUAUAGAAUAAAAAUGUCCAUGUCUCUCCACAGGGACCAUCCCCAUUUCCUUGUUUCAAUCUCAACAUCUGUAUUUCUGGAGAUUUUACCAAAACAAAAUUAAUGAGAAUUAAUUAUAAAAGAAAUCCAAU